UCAGUUAAAACUCUGGUGUAUAGAAGUAAUUACACUGUUUUCCUCUCACAAGUAAAUACAUUCUAGUCAACAGUCUGAACUAAUAAUAAUUUGGUAUAUAUAAUGAAUGUAAUGCCAAAUAAACUGAAAACAUGUGAAUCAAAUUCAAAUUUUAUUUGUCACAUAUAUAAUCGUACACAGUAUGAUAUGCAGUGAAAUGCUUACACGACUGUUUGUUUUGACCCUUGAAAAGGGAAAAGGAAUAAGGACAGAAAAAAGACAAGGAUAAAAUAUAAAAAUAUAAAAUAUAAAAACUACAAGUUCACAGUAGGUAAAUAAAAAUAAAAUAUAAUAUAAAUAGAAUAAAAUAUAAAUAAAGUAUGGUAGGGUAUACAGAAUAUGUAUAUAAAAUAUAGAAUAUAUAUAAAGAAAUGUAAAAUGUAACAACUGUAUUAUACAGAUAUAUAUAAAGUGAAUAUUGUGCAGUAAUGUUCAAGGUGCAGACAGCAGUAGUAUGGGGUGGUCAUGAAGUGAAAUGAGAUGAUGAGAAGCAGUGGUAGUGUCCAUCUUUAAAGUGCAGAUGUGCGCAAGUCCUCUUUGUGUAUAAACGGGAGCAGAAUGUGCAACAUAUAUGUUUGUUUUUGUAUUGUUUAUGGUAUGCCACAGUCCUGUGAAUCUCAGUGUGGGAUUUUACUGUUAUGUUCAUUCUCACAAGUGAUUGCAGCAAGUUGUGUCCACUCUGAAUAUGGAGGAAAAGACAGUAAAAUGCUGUGGUCAGGUACACUGGACGGUUUGGUUAACCAGUUUGCAUUUCCUUUCUUCAAUACUUACUAAUUAACCAUGACAUUUUGCAGAUUUUUAUGUUUUCUGAAUGUAAAUUUAAUAAAUUUUAGAUUGUGAAUUGUAAAAAAUGUCUGCUGCUAAAUGUAUAGUUAAAUACCUCUCUUUAUUGAACUUUAAAACAAAAAGGAUUUACAGUAGUACAGUGAUAAUAUUCUAAUUACAAGUGCUAUAACUUGUCACAGUACAACUAUUUUAUGCCAAGCAGCCUUUGCAAACAGCACUAGUGGCUACUUCUUACCAAGUUGCAUAGAACGCUACAGCAACCAUAGAUGAGCAUACGUUUUAUGAUGGUAGCUCAGUGCUAACACUGUGAAAUGCACACUGAGGGCUGAUUUGACAUUCUUCUUGAGGCUUUUUGUUUGGGAGAAGGAACCAGGUUUAUGACAAGAUGGUGAAGAAGAUGUGAACAACAAGAACAUCAUAAUAAUAAUAAUAAUAAUAUAUUUUUUUAAAGAAAAUGACCUGUGCAUCGGGGAGUUUCAUUAUCUACAGACACAGCAGUUACUUUGGUGGAAUAAACAAACACAGAGCAGGCAAUACAAGAGUUAGUAAAUAAUACAUGAUGUGGAAAAACUGAAGUCUACUGUAUUUUCUAUGAUUUGUGUCAACUUUAAUUACUGUUAAUAUUCAUAAUAUCCACAGGCAAACAUGAUUGCAGUAGCAGAUAAGGAUGUUCAGUCUAAGAGCUAAACGAUAGGGAUGCCAGUAUUAGUUUCUGUUGUAUAUAUUAUGUACUUUCUUGACCUAGAUUUAUAGGUAGAUUUAUAGCUGGAUCUAAUAUACACUAUGUUGCCAGAAGUUUUGGGACACCCCUCCAAAUCAUUGAAUUCAGGUGUUUCAAUCACUUCCAUGGCCACAGGUAUAUAAAAUCCAUUGUAGGCUACAGUAUUUCAGGCUGUGACACUGCAGUGUUAAUGCUCUACUGAAACGUUUGUACUUGCUGCAUUUAAUGAAACCAAAAAGAUACCUAGGUGCAAAAAGUAUGCAUGCGCUGUAGCUCGGUAGCUUUUUUUUUUUUUUUUUAAAUAUAAAUACAAGGCUCCUGGUUAAACACUUGACUUUAUAGGAUAUAAUUAUUAAAAUGAAAUUAUUACAAUCACACGUAAGGGAGCAGAAAUAAAAAGAAAAAUGUUCAUUUCUAUUCAUUUAAAUUCAUAUAAAGCUGCUUUGCGACAAUGUCUACUGUUAAAAGCACUACACAAAUGAAAAAUUGAACUGAAUUAAUACUCCUGUGUCUUUUCAGUGGACAAUGGAAAGGAGGAUAGAAGGAAUAAACCUACAAUUUUCACGGGGAACCGUUAGAAGAAAGACGUAGAGUUUUUGUGAAUACGUUUUAUCGUAAAAUACGACUGUAUAAAUUCUGUGUCUCAAACAUGAAAUACAGGAGAAUAAACCAGAUAGAGACUUGCUGGUGCUGUUAAUUUAUAGUUUCUCAGAUGAUUUAUCAUAGAAAAGUUACAGACCAGAACCCGAGAACCACUAUGAGCAGGAUGAACUAUGUUUAGGAUAGUUAGAGGUGUUGUGUUUUUUGUUUAUUUAUUUAUUUGAAAGAGCAUGAAAUAUCUGUUUCAGUCUAUAAUUUGAAAGUCAAGUUAUUAUUACGGCUCUAUUCUUCAGUACAUGAGUGAAAAAGAUUAAAAACUUCCAGAUGAAUUUCUUUCUAUCUGAGGGUUGAGAAGGGAGUGAAAAUGUUGAGGCCAGUGAUUUUGUACAUUGGUCAGAUGUCUUUACAAAUCCAGACUGGAAACCAAAAAAAUGCUGAAAUGAGUGUAGAACAGAUUAUUAAUACACUACUACACUACUGAAAUGUCUACUUAGUAAACUCUUGCUUGUGGAGGCAGGCCAUAGAGUAGAAUUAAAAGAAAAAGAAGGUUGUGCAGUGGACUGUGUAAUGGAUUGCGUAGCAGAACGGAUUUCAGAACGUUCUGAUGACGUUGACAGUUGUUAUAGCUACGGAUAGCAGCGGAUCACUUCAUAGCGCAAUAAAACACCGACGAGGAUCGCAGCAAAAAAGGACGGCGAGAGAAAAGUGCAGCAUUUCUGCUUUUUUUAAACACAAAACGACGGAAAGACUCACGGUUCAUCUUUAUACCACCUUAAUGACAACCACUGAAAUGACGAGCAGCCAGAAAAUGAGUAAGUAAAUGAACAAAAAAGUGAAAAAGACAAAAAAUGAUAUGGUUCUUAAUGUUAAAACGGCAGCUGAAGAAGCUCAACACAGACUUGUAAAACUUCCUAAUGCUCCAUAUAUAUUACUCAUUUACUGCUUUUUAACACGUUAAGACCUAUUUGAAUAUGAAAUGUGUUUAUUUCAGGUGAAAACACCGGAUACAGCAAGACCGAGAAGGCUGAAGUUGAUGCUAAGAAACCCAUGGAAAGUUUCGUCACGUCUCUGGACGGAUUUCUGAUAGAUGAGGAAACCGAGACUCAGGCUGUUGCUGAGGAAAGCAGCGUCAAAGAAAAGGAGAGGAAGAAGAAGACCAGGAGAGGGAGACGAGCAGGAAGAAGAAGAAAGAAUAAAAACCAGGUCAACAAAGCAGAAGUAGAUGAGGCUGGAAACUUGGUCCAGGCUGAAGCUGUUGAAUCAGCGAACAGCACAUCUGCUGUGGAAAACGCCAGUGGUGAAAAGGAAAAGAAAAGGCGGAUGAGAGGGUCACGAGGCGGAGUAAAAAAGAGGCUUCGGGCCAAGAAAGCAGGUGAUAAGGCAGAAGUUGAGGCUGACGCUGAAGCUGUUGUUGAAGCUGAAGCUGAAGUGGAAGCCGAGACUGAAGCAGUCGAUGCUGAGGCUGAGGUCGAGGUUGAUAAGGAAGCUGAGACUGAAACUGGUGCUGAGGCUGAUGUGACGGUUGAGGCUGUAGCUGAGGCUGAAGCUCAGACUCAAGUUGAGUUUGAUGCUGAUGCUGAAGCUGAGGCUGACACUUUAGAAAGCAAGUCAGGAGAUGCUGACACAGAGAACAGCACAUCAGCUGAGGAAAGCACCAGCAUUAAAAAGCAGAAGAAGAAACGGACCAAAAAGUCAGGAGACGAGGCAGAAGAAAAAAGAAAGUCCGGGUCAACAAAGCAGAAAUGGAUGAGGCUGAAAACAUGGUUCAGGAAGAAGCUGGGGCUGAAGCUGUAAAUAGCAAGCCAGGAGAUGCUCAAUAAGAGAGCAGAAAAUAA